AUGGAGCCGGGACCGUCUGGCGCUGAGCCCAUGGAGGACUUCCCCCCACCCCUGCAGCAGGUGUUCCAUGCCCCCCGUCGGCCAGGCAUGGGUACCGUGGGCAAGCCCAUCAAGCUGCUGGCCAACUACUUUGAGGUGGAGAUUCCAAAGAUUGACGUCCAUCACUAUGAGGUGGACAUUAAGCCCGACAAGUGCCCGCGUAGAGUCAACAGGGAGGUGGUGGAAUACAUGGUGCAACACUUCAAGCCCCAACUCUUUGGUGACAGGAAGCCAGUGUAUGACGGCAAGAAGAACAUCUACACGGUGCUAGCGCUUCCUAUUGGGAGUGAGAAGGUGGAUUUUGAGGUAACCAUCCCAGGUGAGGGCAAAGAUCGAAUCUUCAAGGUGUCCAUCCGUUGGCUGGCCAUAGUGUCAUGGCGCCUGCUUCAGGAGACUCUGGUCAGCGGUCGGCUGCAGGUCCCCCUUGACUCGGUCCAAGCUCUGGAUGUGGCCAUGCGCCACCUGGCCUCUAUGAGGUACACUCCAGUGGGCCGAUCAUUUUUCUCCCCACCUGAAGGAUACUACCACCCACUGGGUGGGGGGAGGGAAGUCUGGUUUGGCUUCCACCAGUCUGUGCGCCCCGCCAUGUGGAAGAUGAUGCUUAACAUUGAUGUGUCUGCCACGGCCUUCUACAAAGCCCAGCCUGUCAUCGAGUUCAUGUGUGAAGUUUUGGACAUCCGCAAUAUCGACGAGCAGCCCAAGACUCUCACAGACUCGCAAAGGGUCCGCUUCACCAAGGAGAUUAAAGGCCUGAAGGUGGAGGUGACUCACUGUGGCCAAAUGAGGAGGAAGUAUCGUGUAUGCAAUGUCACCCGACGACCUGCCAGCCACCAAACGUUUCCCCUGCAGCUCGAAAGUGGGCAGACAGUAGAAUGUACAGUGGCCCAGUACUUCAAGCAGAAGUACAACCUGCAGCUAAAAUACCCCCACCUACCCUGUCUACAGGUGGGGCAGGAGCAGAAGCACACCUACCUGCCUCUGGAGGUGUGUAACAUUGUAGCAGGUCAGCGAUGCAUCAAGAAGCUGACAGAUAAUCAGACCUCCACUAUGAUCAAAGCCACAGCUCGCUCCGCACCCGACAGACAAGAGGAGAUCAGCAGGCUGAUGAAGAAUGCUAACUUCAACCUGGACCCGUACAUCCAGGAGUUUGGGAUCAAGGUGAAAGAUGAAAUGGCUGAGGUGACGGGCAGGGUGCUUCCAGCCCCUAUCCUGCAGUAUGGAGGACGGAAUCGUGCCAUCGCAACCCCCAACCAGGGAGUGUGGGACAUGAGGGGAAAGCAGUUUUAUAACGGCAUCGAGAUCAAAGUGUGGGCGAUUGCCUGCUUUGCCCCCCAGAAACAGUGCAGAGAAGAGGUGCUCAAGAACUUCACAGACCAGCUGCGUAAAAUCUCAAAGGAUGCUGGGAUGCCGAUUCAAGGUCAGCCCUGUUUCUGUAAAUACGCCCAGGGAGCAGACAGCGUGGAGCCCAUGUUCAGACACCUCAAGAACACCUACUCUGGACUGCAGCUCAUCAUCGUCAUCCUGCCAGGAAAAACUCCUGUCUAUGCGGAGGUAAAGCGUGUGGGAGACACCCUGCUGGGCAUGGCCACGCAGUGCGUCCAGGUGAAGAACGUGGUGAAGACGUCCCCUCAGACCCUCUCCAACCUCUGCCUCAAGAUCAACGUGAAGCUGGGAGGCAUCAACAACAUCCUGGUGCCUCACCAACGGUCAGCAGUGUUCCAGCAGCCGGUUAUCUUCCUGGGAGCAGACGUCACGCACCCCCCUGCUGGAGAUGGCAAGAAGCCCUCCAUUACUGCUGUGGUAGGCAGUAUGGAUGCUCAUCCCAGCAGAUACUGUGCCACAGUGCGAGUCCAGAGGCCCAGGCAGGAGAUCAUUGAAGAUUUGUCGUACAUGGUGCGCGAACUGUUAAUUCAGUUCUACAAGUCGACCCGGUUCAAGCCCACCAGGAUCAUUUUCUACAGAGAUGGAGUUCCUGAGGGACAGUUGCCACAGAUUCUCCACUACGAGCUCCUGGCCAUCAGAGAUGCGUGCAUCAAGCUGGAGAAAGACUAUCAGCCAGGCAUCACUUACAUUGUGGUGCAGAAACGCCACCACACACGCCUCUUUUGUGCUGACAAGUCUGAAAGGAUUGGGAAGAGUGGGAAUAUUCCUGCAGGGACUACAGUGGACACCAGCAUCACUCAUCCCUUUGAGUUUGACUUCUACCUGUGCAGCCACGCGGGCAUACAGGGUACCAGCCGGCCGUCUCAUUACUACGUCUUAUGGGAUGACAAUCGUUUCACGGCUGAUGAGUUGCAGAUUCUAACGUACCAGUUGUGCCACACCUACGUGCGCUGUACCCGCUCAGUCUCCAUCCCCGCGCCAGCCUACUAUGCCCGUCUUGUGGCCUUCCGUGCCCGUUACCAUCUGGUGGACAAAGAACAUGACAGUGGAGAGGGCAGCCAUGUGUCUGGUCAGAGUAACGGUCGGGACCCCCAGGCGCUGGCCAAAGCUGUUCAGAUUCACCACGACACCCUGAGGACCAUGUACUUCGCCUGAGCUACACCA